GUGCACAUGUCUCAGGGCCCUCAUAAAGGUAUUGACACGGAAUGACCUUGGGCAACUUCAUCUGUGCUUGCCUGUAGGGCCUACCUUUCUUCCUGAGCUGGUGGCUCUCUGCUGUGAUCUUGGGGUGCAGAGAGUUGGGGUUGGACCCUGAUUCCGAGGCCUUGGGUCUGUCCUCUCAAAUUCUAGCAGAGUGGGGAGGAUGGUGGCAGUAGACCCAGAGCUGGGCCAGUGCAAUGUGGUCUGGAUGGCUGAGGUGCCUGCCACCACAACUGAGCGCAGGAUGCCCAGGCUGGAACAGGCAGGCCUAUCCCUCGCAGCACAAGGUCCGGACUGGGAACCAGAACAGCAAGAAUUCCCAGGACCUCAUGGGGGAGAGGCCCUAAGGGUACUAAGCUGAACUUGGGAUGGCCUUGCCGCUUGCCGCUGGUCUUUGACCCCCCUCUGUGCAGUUGGGAACCUUCUUCCUGUGAGGCUGCUGGCUCCCCUGUGGCGUGUCGCUCGCUCUCUGGGCACCCAGCUUUUCUGACUUGUUCCACGAACUGGGAGCUCCGCGUGGGUGUAGCCAUUACCCUCUGGGCCAGAAGGGGCGUGAGCCCAGGCACGCGAACAGCUGGCUGAGCGCAGAGCACUGUGGGACUGAGCGAGGGGAAGCCAUGGGACGGGGCGUUCCCCAGGGCCAAGCUCCGCCCCCUCGAGCCAUUGGUUGGCACCGCCCUGUGCCAGUGAAUGACAGGGACUCGGGGGUGGGUCCGGCGGGACCACUUCUUCCGCGGGGCCAUGGGGCAGUGUGUGCUAGCGCGGCUGCUCCUGCCAAUGUUGCUGCUGUCAGUGAUGCUCUGUGGAACCCAGAAUGCCACUUCCUCGUCGCAACACCCACCGCAACCUACGCUCUGGUCACCGCACGCCAUGACGAACGGGAGCCAGUCAGGCACGCUGCACAACAGCACGCACCCACGGCUGCUGGGCUCGCCAGGCUCGCCGCUGCUGCGCUCGUUCUACGUGCUUUCUGGUUUCAUCAGCCUGGCAGUGCUCUACUUCCUUAUCCGGGCCUUUAGGUUGAAGAAACCCCAGCGGAGGAGCUAUGGCCUCCUGGCCAACACCGAGGAUCCUAUGGACAUGGCCUUGCUGGACGGUGUUGAGGAAACCACCUUUGAGACCAGGAAUCUGAGAUGAUGUUCAGGUCAGGGAGGCAGUGUUCCCAGCUGCCCUGGGAGAAAGAUAAGAGACAGGGUCCACUCCCAGUGCCUACACACCUGCUGAUUCUUCUGCUGACCUGAGAGCUUGAGUGGGACCUGCCCAGCCUGCCUGAAGCCACCUCCGCUCUCCACCACCACAGGACUACCCAGUAUGCCAGGUGCAAACCAGAGGGACCCCCAGCAGCCCCAUCCAGGAUUCUGAGACCCUCUGCUUGGACUGUGACUUGUGCCGCUGACCCUCCCCGUGGGGACACAGCUGAGGCCUGGCAGGCAGGUGGGCUAAGGGUCCUGUCUGGGAGUGCCUUCCCCACUGGGCUGGGGACAAUAAAGGCAGCAGUGCUUCUGUAUCUGGCA